CCCAAAUUUUAGCUAAGGAGGUGGUUUAGAGAGCCCGUUGUGAUGCUCUAACGAUUUCACCUCCGAUGGGUAUUAAUUAGUAAAUACUAGACUAACCCACACGGCCGGUCUUGAAAGUUCAGGUGAAUCUUCGUGCGCCGCUGCCCCCGACCACGUUCUCAGUCUAAGAAACAAACACAAUGCUGAAGUUCCUGUCAAGGGUGAGGAUUGAGUUCAAUGCCUUGGACCCACGUACGGCCUCGUGUCUUGAGUUCUUGGCACAGUGCAAUGCCCGGAAGGCCAAGGAGUCCAACCCCUCCUGCGCUGUCCAAGUCAAGCGCCGAACUGAUGAUGAGCCGCCCAAGAUCACCGUCACCUUCGUCAACGGAGUUGAGGAGGUGUUCAAUGCCACCGCCACUCCCGCCCAGGACAUCAGGAACAUGAUUCUUGAAAAGGGUCAGAGCCUCGAGACUGAGCAGAUGUUCCGCGACGCUGGUGAGCCUUGGCCUGUUGUUAUUCCCGCCGAGGAGCUCCACCAACCGGCCCCUGGUACCAAGCCGAGGAAAGCAGAAGAGAAAAAGCAGUAACCUGUUCUCGUUUGAUCAAACAGAUUACUGGGGAGCGCUUGUAUAGUCAAGUCUGCUAGAUUUCAGUUCGGCGUUUCAUUUGGAAAAGAGAAUGCUGUAUUGGAGUUGCAAUUUAGACAAUUCUGUCAUGUUGUGGUUUUGCUUCACUGUAGAAGCAUUUGAUAUAUUUAGUUGAUGUUGAAUCCUCGGAGUAGGAAUUGUGAAUGCUAGGAGCCAUGUUUUCUUCUUCGUUUUUUUGACACUUUUGUUGGAGCUUACAGUCAUUAUAACAUUGUUCUGGCCUGCAUGUGAGAGAGCAAGUAAUUUGAAUAGAUGGACUGUUAAGUGUCUCUAUCUUGUCUUUAGACAAUUCAACCAAUAUUAUUUUUGUAAUCA